AUGCACGUCAGAAGAGGUCGCCUGCAUGCAGUGGAUAGCAGGCGAGCAUGCAACGGGGAGCAGGCGCAGGACAAAGUCGCCCAGCGUGCAUGGCGACCUACCAUGUCGCCUGGCGUAUAUGGCGACCUACAAGGUCGCCCGAAGGGCAUGGCGACCUAUGCUGGGAAGCUACCACGCCGUAGGUCGCCCGGAAGAGAGGUGAACGAGGAGUAUGCACAGGAGAUGAGAAAGAUAGUGGAAAAGCUGUUCAGAUGGCUAUCAAUGGGACUAGGGCUUGAAGCAGAUUUGGUGCCCAAUGAGGUCCCUGGAUUGCAAGUCUUCAAAGAUGGCCUUUGGAUCAACGCCAAAUACAUCCCCGGCUCCCUCAUUGUUCAUAUCGGUGACCAGAUUGAGAUACUAAGCAAUGGGAAGUACAAGGCAGUGCUGCACCGAACGACGGUAGACAAGGAGAGAACGAGGAUGUCAUGGCCGGUCUUCUUGGAGCCACCGGCGGAAUUCGUGGUUGGUCCACUUCCUCAGCUUGUAGAUCCCCAAAAUCCUCCUCAAUAUAAGCCUAAGAAAUUCAAGGACUACAGUUAUUGCAAACUUAACAAGCUCCCCCAGUAAAAUAUAUAUAUAAUGCAAAUAAACUGCAUGCUCUAUCAUUU